UUUAAUUACGUUAUCCAAAAACUAUCGAAGGUUCAAAGGCAAUAUAUAAUAUAAACCAUCAUCUUCUUCCCCUCACAGUUUCACUAAGCUGAGAAGGAAGAGCUCUAAUGGCUUCCACUUUCUUCCAAUAUUGUCCCCCUAAACCAAAUCCAGUUCUCUUAAACCAUUCCUACCCAACUCAAUUUUCCAUACACCCAUUGACCCUAAUCAUCCAGAAAAACCAAAAUCCAUAUAAAAAACCCAUCUUUUCAUCAAUCAAAUGCACUAAAUCAAAUUCAGCCCUAAAACCAGAACCAGAACCAGAAUCAGAACAAGAACCCACCAUUAGUGGCGACAAUAGCUUCCAAUAUCCAACCCCAUAUUCUACCACACUGAAUAAUGUAGAAACUUUCCCAAUCGAAAAGAGAAGAAGAUCUGAAAUUCUUCGUGAAAAAAAGCUAAAACAAGACCUAGCAAAAGCUGAGCCGCCAAAUUUUGAGAUUGGAUGGAAAAGAACAAAACAAAUUCAAUUAGAGAAGCCAAAGGGAUAUGUUAUAAUGGAUUUUCUAGGGAAAUUAGAGGAAUUAAUGGGGAAAGAGUUUGGUUCUACUGCUUUGUUGGCUAAGACAGGAGAAAUAGUUGCAGAAAGAGCAAGAGAAGAAGCUGAGGUUUUGAAAGAUGAAGGGAAGGUGGAGGAAAGAUUGGUAACAGAAUUAUUUAGGGUUUUGAAGUUAAUGGAAAUGGAUUUGGCUAUGGUUAAAGCUGCAGUUAAAGAAGAGACUUUAAGUGAAAGGCUUGAACAGGCUAAAGCUAGAUGCAGGCAAGCUAUUCUGGUGGCUAAUUCCUUUUGAAGAUCAAAUAUUAAUUGUUUUUUGACAAUGAAAAUUAAUCAUUAAUUCUUAAAAUAAUUAAUGUACUUUAUAAUUUUAUUAUUAUAUUCCAUCUUUUCACUAAAUAUUAGAUUCA